AUGAAAAGACUGGGUAUUGGUACACGAACACAAGGUGAAGUAUGGGUCAGAAGAGUAUUGGUAUACGAACAGAAGGUAAUAAAGUAUGGGUCAGAAGAGUAUAUAAAUCAGCAACUGUCAGAUCUCGAUGACAAAAUGUCCGGUGACCAUUACCUCACAGUUGAUCCAUUACUUCGUGAACACUUCAUCCUCAAGUUUCCACAGCGAAGGCAAUGCAUGCUCAGCGCGCCAAUGAUGGAGAAUAUUGUAUAUCACGGGUCACAGUAUCCCCUUAUGUAUCGUACCCCACCCUUUGUUACUAAUAGAUUAGAAUCCAAGUUAAAAGAGUUGGAGCGGGGUGAAAGUUCUGUCACGCUUGGAAAUCACAUUACCCUUUACCGUCACAAACUUGGGAAAAAGGGUUGGAGGAUGGGUCAGGACACUGCUCCAGUGUACGGCGCACCUGCUAAACUGUAUUUGAUCUCUGAUCCAUUUUCAAUGUCCAUCGGGGACGACAAUAACUGGAGCAAUUAA